AUGGAUCGAUUACUGCGUCGUGGCCCAGGGCCAGCGAGUACAGCGACGGCGAUGGACGUUUUGCCCUCGGAGGACCUGCUGGACCGACCUGAGUUCGAUGCGCGCGAGUUCAUCAACCGAAACUUUCCGGACGAGCAGAGUCUGGGGGACAUUGGUGACUUUGUGAGCCGUCUCCGCGGGCGUAUGAAGGAGCUCGACGACUCGCUGUCUCAGGCGUCACAAGACCAGAGUUUAGCGGCACAUCAGGCGCUUCUGGAUCUGAAGGAAGCGAAAACGGCGAGUCAGCAGCUUUUCCACAAGAUCCACGAUAUCCGAGGGAAGGCAGAGCAGUCCGAGGUCAUGGUGCAGGAGAUCUGUCGCGACAUCAAGCAGCUCGACUAUGCUAAGCGUCAUCUGCAGACCACGCUCACGGCGCUAAAGCGGUUGCACAUGCUGGUUAAUGCCGUUGAUCAGCUAGAGUUUAUGUCCUCGCAACGUAAUUAUCGCGAGGCGCAUCUUCGCUUAAAGCUGUCAACCAACUCUUCACGCACUUCGACGGCUACACAAACGUCAAUAGGAGCACACACUCCGGACGAGAUGGACGUGACUUUGCUGCUGAAGUCUCUACAACGAACGCUCAUGUUUGAACGUGACGCAGCACAGCGCUUCGAAGGGAUGGCCGAUGGAGAAGAGCUUCAGGAAGUGGAACUGGACGAGAACGGCGAUGCCAUUGACCCACAUUCCGCUGAAGGAAUCAAGAGAAAACAUCGUCGUAAGAAGCGUGAGGCGGAGCGUAAAGCGCUAGAAGAAGAGAUGGAGAAGAACGGCGAGCUCACGGACGACAAUAACCAGGGCUUGCCGACUAUUCGGGGAAUGAUAUCUCGUUCAUUCGACCCGUUCAUGACGGCGUAUGUAGCACUGGAGCGUAAGAACAUGGAGCAGAUGAUCAACGAGGUGAUGAGUGCCGAGUUGGUGGAUCGGAACGGCCAGCUGCCAGUGUUCUCGAGCUCCGUGAACAUGUUUGCCUACAUUCGCAAUUCAAUUAAACGAUGUACGGCCCUGACAAACGGCCAGACGUUCUUUGACCUCCAGAACGAGUUCAAACACUGCUUUCAGCUCUACUCGCAACGACUUCUCGCGAAACUCCCUGCUGCCUCGACUGGGUCAUCAGGCGGUCUGGAUUCUUCAAGCAGUGGUGCGGGCAACAAGGUCAAAUUGAGCGAUAAACAGGAAGAGGAACUAUGUUUCGUAAUCAACACGGCCGAGUACUGCGCUGAGACGCUGCCAUCUCUGGAGGAAGUAAUUCGAGCGAAGAUUGACAAGGCGUUCAGUGAAGCCAUUGAGUUAUCACAAGAGAUCGAUACGUUCCACGACGUGGGCGCCGCAGCUAUGAAGUGUAUUGUUGCUGGAUUGGAGACAUCGCUGGAUGACGAUUUGAACGCACUCCACAAGGCCAACUGGCAGACAUGGGAAGCCGUGGGCGACGAGAGUUUGUACGUUACGCAAAUGGGCGAGAAGCUGCAGACAUUUGUGCCGGUGUUGCGGCAAAUGCUGUCUGGACUGUACUUUACCAACUUUUGCGAUAAGUUCGCGGCGUCCUUCGUGCCCAAGAUCUUGCAGGCCGUGUUCAAGUGCCGAAGGAUGAACCAGGUAGCAACGCAGCAACUUCUUCUUGACGUGUACGCUCUCAAGACGUUGUUCCUUCUACUGCCAGUGCUGAACAACGACGGCUUCCAAUCCUCUUCCACCUCAACGAGCACAGCGACGAUCCCGUCACGUUACACCAAGUUCGUCUCGAACGAGAUGGCGACGGUGGAAAACGUGCUGAAGCUAAUUGGCACUCCGAACGAAAUGCUCGUCGAGAGCUUCAAGAUCAUGUGGCCUGAGGGUUCUGCGGAGGAUUUUCAGAAUAUUAUGGCUGUGAAAGGGCUCAAGAAGAGUGAGCUGGCGGCGUAUCUCGACACAUUGGGGAUGCAGCGCAAGCCCACGGGUAAGAUCGCGGAAAUGGAGGGCAAGAUGAGCGACAUGACGGAGAACUGGAAGAAAAACAUGCAGAACUUUGCCAAGGUGCCUUUCACAUUCACGGGCGGAAUGAACACCAAUGCACAUCAACAGGGCUAG